AUGGUCAGGAAUCCCGCCAUCGCCGCCUUGGCGACGAGCAAAGCGACAGCGCAUGAAAAGGGGAAGAACAAAGACGAGAAGGAGGAAGCCAGACCGGCCACCACCCCGGACUCCCUCGCGCACCAGUACGGCGGCAACUCCAUCUCCAGCUGGGUGACGCGCCUCCCCGCCUCGUGGGUUCCUUACGUGCAGCUGGCGCGGUUGAACCCCCCUGCGGGCCUUUUUCUGAUCUACUUCCCGCACGUCUUCGGACUGCUGCUGGCUGGUGUACGCCUGCACGCGCCGCUGGGUCCGUCCCUGCGAGCCCAGUAUGGGAUGUUAGCGUCGACUGGUCUGCUCGUGUACGCGCACCAGGACCGUGACGACGACAUCAAGUUCGGGAUCAAGUCGCUUGCCGUGCUGUGUCGGGGGUGGAUGAAAGAGGUUCUCUGGGCCCUGUUGGGCGUGAUGGCACUCUUGUUGGUCAUCUGUGGCGUGAUGGCUGAGCUAUCGGUGUGGUUCUACGUUCUGGGUGUGGGGGGCUCGUCUGUCGCGUUGGCGACCAUGAUAUACAGGGUGCAGUUGGGCGAGAGCGCGAGUUGUUGGUGGUGGUUUGGCAAGGGAUUCUGGUGGGUUGGGUUCGCCAUCUCAGGUGGUCUGCUCGCCGAGUCGGUUGGCGGGAGGUAG